GCAAGAUGGAGGCCGCGCAGAGGACGUCGCCUGGGCCGAGGCAGCCACUGCCUGGAGCACCUAGCCCCGGCGCUUAAGCCCUGCUGGUCCCGGAUCACCUGCCCCGACCCGGCCCAGCUCCGGCCCCGCAGCCCGGUGGUCCGUCUUGGGCCGGCGGCCCCCUGCCAGCGGCCGCCGCCGGCCCCGCCCCCGGGCACCAUGCUGCCCUCGCAGGAGGCCUCCAAGCUCUACCAUGAGCACUACAUGCGGAACUCGCGGGCCAUCGGCGUGCUAUGGGCCAUCUUCACCAUCUGCUUCGCCAUCAUCAACGUGGUGGUCUUCAUCCAGCCCUACUGGGUGGGCGACAGCGUGAGCACUCCCAAGCCUGGCUACUUCGGCCUCUUCCACUACUGCGUGGGCAGCGGGCUAGCGGGCCGCGAGCUCACCUGCCGGGGCUCUUUCACCGACUUCAGCACCAUCCCGUCCAGCGCCUUCAAGGCGGCCGCCUUCUUCGUGUUGCUUUCCAUGGUGCUGAUUCUCGGCUGCAUCACCUGCUUCGCUCUUUUCUUCUUCUGCAACACCGCUACCGUCUACAAGAUCUGCGCCUGGAUGCAGCUUUUGGCAGCCCUGUGCCUCGUCUUGGGCUGCAUGAUCUUCCCUGAUGGCUGGGACGCUGAGACCAUCCGGGACAUGUGCGGGGCCAGGACGGGGAAGUACUCCCUUGGAGACUGUUCGGUGCGCUGGGCGUACAUUCUGGCCAUCAUCGGCAUCCUCAACGCACUCAUCCUGUCCUUCCUCGCCUUCGUGCUGGGCAACCGGCAGACGGACCUGCUGCAGGAGGAGCUCAAACAGGAGAGCAAAGAUUUCGUGGGCACUACAGUAAGUUCUGUGUUGCGGCCUGGAGGCGACGUCUCUGGAUGGGGAGUCCUGCCAUGUCCCGUUGCUCAUACACAGGGACCCUGAAAGCCAGGAUUGUAGCUCAGGAGUUGGCCUGACCUCGGCAUAUUCCGUCUGCUGCCCUCCCAUUCCUGCGUUCAAGCUCCAGACCCAAAUCUCGGACUGACUGCACAUGAACCUCCAGACUCCGAAGAGAGGCAGGGUUGGGUGGCAGCCUGGCAGAAGGCAGAGGCACUUGAGAUCCUGAGAGAGCCUGACUCCGGCCCUGCCUCCAUUUGACCUGAGGGAGCCUGGGUCUCCCUCUCUGGUCCCUUGGUUUCUUUCUCUCCCAUGUAGACUAUCUGGAGGUCCCUGAGGAAUUCCAGGGGAAGGAGGACCUGCUGUGCAAUCUCCUCGGACCCCUUCAAGUCUGGAGGGCAACCUGCUGCGUCCUUGCCUCCUCAGUCCCGGUCUCCUAAAGAGACUUAUUCAAGACACUGCCCCAGGAGGGCCAGACUCUUUCCUACUUUAUUUUUAUUUGCUGAUGAUGGUCCCACCACAUCUGCCACAAAGCUCCAGGUGCCACCAGCCCCCCCGACGGGGCCUCCUCUGACUCCCAAAUUCAAGCCUGCACCCAGCUCUCAAAGGAAUCUGAGCCUUGCUGAGGGAGAAAGCACAGGGUCUUCCUUUCUGCUGCUGGUAGUCCCUCCUUAGCUCAGAGUCUGAGGGGAGACACGGGCUCUGGAGGCUGUGGGAGGGGCAGCUAUUCUCAGCAGCUGCAGCUCCCCAGCCUGGGGCUGGCUUGGCCUCUUCUCCACUGGGAUAGCUCACCAGUGACUGGACUCACGACCCAUGACCCAUGACCCAGGCCUGUUUUGUACAUCAUAGACUUCUCGGGCCCACCGUCAGGGUUGGCGGCUGUGGAGAGAGGCACAGAGGCGGGGUUAGAGGAAACUUCUCCCCUUCUCAUGCUUCCUACACCCCGGAUAUCUGCCAAAGGCAGAGACUGUCUUGUGUCUUUGAUACUUUUCUGCCUAACUUGAACUUGCAGGUCACCUCUGAACAGGGUACCCCUGUCCCCAGCCCAGACCCUGUUACCCAGUCCCUGCCUCUUUCUUCUCCUUGCCCACUUCUCGCCUUGUGAUAUGCCCAGGGUCUGCAACCUCAUGGGCAGUGCUUGGAGCUGAGGUGUGUGUGUGUGUGUGUAUGUGUGUGAGUGUGUGUAUGUGUGUGUGUGUGCGCACGCUCGAGUGUGUGUUCGAGUGUGUGUGCGUGUGUGCUAGGGAAGGGCAGAUGAGAAGCUCUCUCUUUUUCUCCCACCGUAGGGGCUACUCCCUCCCCCUCAGCAGAGAGAAAAUGAGGGAGAUUCCAGGUGAUUUUUUUUUUUUUAACCAUCCUUGGUUACCUAACUGGUGGCAGAGCCAUCUAGUCAUGGACAAGCCUUCAGUCCCCUGUGGAGAGGGUGGGGCGGACUACCUUUAUCUAACACCAUGUCUCCUGGGUCACCUGCUGCUUGGUCCCUGUGUGGAGGAGUGUGUGCCCCCUAGAGGCUCUACAGGAGGCUUGUCACUUCUGUGUAUGAUGUGGACCUCAGCUGCAGUUGGAAGAGUGGCUA